UAGCUAAACAAAGCAUCAAAAACAAGCUAAACCAAGCCAGGAGAAAGAUGAGUUCAUCAAGCUGGACUGCGGAGGUGGAGACCAAAGCCCCAGCGGCUGCCAUCUUUAAGGCCGCAUUCCUUGACUGGCAUAAUCUCGGUCCUAAGCUCAUCCCUCAGAUCAUCACCGGUGUUACUUUAAUUUCUGGAGAUGGAAGUCCGGGGAGCAUCAGGCAGAUCAACUUCUCCCCAGUGAUGCCUUUUAGUUUUAUUAAGGAGCGUCUUGAUUUCAUCGACCAUGAGAAGCUUGAACUGAAGACUUCUAUUAUUGAGGGUGGAGAUUUGGGCAGCAAGAUUGAGUCUGCAACUUCGCACAUCAAGGUUGAGCCAAAGGGAAAUGGCCUCUAAUUGUGAAGGUGUCAGCAACAUAUAAAGCCCUUUGCUGGUGGUUGAUGUUGGUGAGGAUAU